CAUUUUUGGUUAGCUUAGACCGAGGAAGAGGAAGAAGAUGGAGGUGAAGAUGAUGGAUAAGAAGAAGAGAAGCAAAAGCAAGUGAAAAUGGUGUUAUGGGAAAUUGCAUUGGCAACAACUUAUUUCUUGGGCCUUAAACGAACCUUUAAGCUCGUUCUCAAAACUCAACGACGUCUUGUUUCCCCCGAAUACCCUCGGAUUCGUCAAUUUCUUCGCGGACGAACCCGUGCCGUGUUUGACGUUACUGUGAAAGUUCAUCAGACCAUUCAGCGCCAAGACAUAAAAUUUGAUAGGAAUCUUGGUAGCUGGAUUUCACGAUGGCUUAAUCGAAGCAAACCAUCUGCUGAGACUCAAGAACAUCCCAAUGGCACUAUGAAUACAGGCAUGAAAAUGAUAAAGAAGGUUUCUAACUCCUACUUGAAACAUCGAGCCAGCACUCGAGCAGUGAUUGGUCAAAAGUUCGAUCAAUAUCUGUCUUCUACUUCAUCAGUACAUAGAUGGCCUAAGCCUUUCUUCCCUACCAUUGCAAUGAUCAUGAGGCAGAGAAAGCCAGCUGGGAUUGUGAUUCAACACAGACAAUUUAGCAUUCGUGGCUCUCAUGGAUUGAAAACAAAUGACAGAAGACGAAGAUUCGAUCAUGGUAUUCGAGAAGAUAUUAUGCAAUGGAUGGUUCAAAAUUAGAUUAGAAGAUGUUUUGUAGUUGUCUUCUCCUUGGAGACAAAAUUAUUUGACUUACAAUGCAGUCUAUCGUGUAGUGUUUAGUUUCCAGUUUUGAGCUUGGAUGCAAUAGAGAAGUUUGGAACAUGUCAUUGGAAGCCAUUUCUUUGCUUUUGAUUGACUUCUAAAGCUAAUAUUUAAUUCUCAAA